AUGUCAUCUCUCGACACUGGCCAUGUCGAGCGAUGCAUUUUCUUAGAGAUCCCAACAGAGUUACGCAUCAACGUCUACAAGUUACUUGUCUGGAAACCAAUAGUGUUUCUGGCGUCGAAAAAUAUGCAUACCGCCAUCCUUCGGACAAAUUGGAAGGUUUAUCAAGAGGCUCAAGGCAUCCUCUACUCAGCUAUUGUCUUCAAUCAAGGGGAAGAUAUCAAGUGCCUUCGACCUGAACCAGACCUCUUAGAUCCUAAUGGCGUCACAACCCUCUGCUCGGCAUCGUUCCAAUUCAGUGCCUAUUUCUACUUCGGAUCUUGGCAAUUAGAUCGUACUAUUCGGAUCCGUAUCAACAAAAGUUUCAACAUCAACCGCAAAGACCGAAAACCCUUCAAAACUUUCCUUGCUUCUACAAGCAUAUUCAAGGAUCUCGCCAAAGUCAUAUCAAACUCAACCUUUGUCAAAGUCCUCAACGUGGAUAUCGGGGUAGAGGUGGAAGUUGUUCAUCACUUUGAUCCAGGUCAUGAAUACACGAAGGUUGCGCAACAGAAGGCUACCGAUAUCUUUCUAGAUUGCGGCCUGUUAGAGCCACUGCGCGAGCUGACAAAUGUGGUCAAGUUCAACGUUUCCUUGUUGGCAUUGAAAUUCGCAGAUCCUGAGUAUCAAAUAACCGCCCGUCAAAACAUCAUGCUUCAAGAAUUGGAGGCAACUAUUGAAAAUAACGCCAAGCAUCUGGCAGUUGAGGGGCUGAAGAUUCGAGAUUGA